GCGCCGCAGAGUUCUGCACAAUGAAAUCUCAGGGACCAAAGUCUCACAGAGCCUCACGGCGCCCCACCAUCCACUACAACUUGACACACCAUCACCACAAGCUUCGUCCAACCAUUGAAGAUGUCGCCAGCAGAGUCCGUCGAUCAUCGCCGAACCCACAACCUCCUCCUCGUGUCACGACUCCUCAGCCUCCGCGAUACAGCGUCCCCGUUCACACUCCUCCUUGACUCGCUGUCACAGUCAUCCAGGCCUCUCGUGCGCGAGUAUAUUGAGCGAGCGAUUACAGCAAAAUGCAAAACCGUCUUCGUUUCCUUUUCGACAUUCAGCCCUCCCCAGGGGAUCACCACUCUCAUCAGCGCACGGCGUAAACCGAUCCCGGUCCUACAAAAAGAGAUCUUCGCCGCCUGCUCAGCCAACGGCAGCAGCAAAACGCUUCUAAUCCUCGACUCCCUCAACCCGCUGUGUUCCUCGGCGCCCUCCUCACUAGCACCAUUCCUGUCCUCGCUGCUGUCGCCGACAACGACCCUUGUCGCUAUGUACCAUACCGACGUGCCCCUCUGCCUCCCGCCCGAGGGCAGCGCAAAUGCAUAUCCCGACUCCGCCCCGCAGCCGCUAACACUGCUGUCGUAUUUCGCGACUACGAUCAUCACCGUGCAUUCGAUCACGCAUAUGUUGGCCGCCAAAGCUGCGCGCGAUAGAAGUCUUGCCCCGCCGGGUUAUGGGCUCGAUGAGGGCGUCGACGGCGUGCUCGUGGGCCUGGGAAGUAAUCCUGCCGAAGGCGUGGUGCUGGAGCUGGAGUACCGACGCAAGAGUGGACGGGGCGUUGGGGAAUGGUUUUUCCUGCCCGGGGAGGGGGAGGCGGCCGGGAUGAAAAGGAGUGUGCUCCCUGGUGGGGUGGAGGAGAAGGUCAUGCUGCUGGAGGAUCAUCCGCGGUGGAAGGAGAGUGAGGCUGUGAAGCAGCGGGGCGGCGCCGGGGAGGAGGAGGAGCCGAUGAGUACGUUCGAGCUUGGGCUGACGGAAAGUCAGAGGAAGGCAAGGGAUGAGGUUGUAUUGCCGUAUUUUGAUGCACAGAGGGAGGGUGGCAUUGGGGGUGGUGGCGCAAUUCUAUUUACGCCGGAUAGGGAGAUUGAUGAUUUCGAUGAUGAGGAGGAUGAGAUAUAAGUCGUGAGUAAGAAAUUUUGAUUUUUAAGCUGUUGUACGGUGGUAACCAAGUCCGUAGAUAUGUCAAGGAGGCCGAGGCAAAAGUCCGAUACCUGGUACUUAUACACCCGCAAACAAUCC